AUGGCGCUGUCUCAGGCACUGCCCAUCUCAAUCCCUUCUCCUACCAAGACAUCACACUUCCGCUGCGGAUCCGAUGCUAGCGCCGACCUUUCCAUCAGCCUUCCACUUGCGGCAGCUGCCGUGUCCCCUUUCUCGGCCGACCAGGACCCCUUCGCUGCGUUCCAGCUCCAACAGAGGCUAGCAGGCUUCUCUGUCGAGGACAUCCUCUCUUGCAGCACAACCGCUUCCUCGCGCCUGGUCGUUCUCUCGGAGACGACCACCAUCGAGGCUGCCGGGGAGCGACUAGCUCAAGCAGAGGACGCUGAGAUUUGGAUCGUUCUCAAGAGGAACCAUGGCAACCCGUACGCAUCGUCUGCGGACGCGCACAAGCUGCGCACGUCGGACUGUGCUGGGAUCCUCAGCCUUGAAGAUCUGUCGGCUUUCUUCGCUGCCGUCUUUGGACCUCAGCUCACAAGAGGUAGCGCCAAGCGUCCUAGUCACGGAGCUCACGAUCUCGCCUCUCCUCCUGCAUCUCCCAGCAGCGGCGACAGCAUCCUGCCUGACGCUCGUAAAGAUGCUCUAGUCAACCGUUUCGAGGCCAUUCGCACCCGAUUCGCAAGCAAGUCGCCCGUCGACGCGGCGUCAGUAGCAAACCUAUCUGGCAUGAACGCACUCCGCCACGUCACGCUCCAGUCCUCGCUUCAAGAUAUCUUAUGGCAUCUCAGCCAAGACCAAGUGAGCUGUUUGGUGGUGUCCGACCCUCAGCGAGACGAUGACGGCACUGUAUGCGGCAUCUUAACCGCAUCUGAUGUGGUCGCAUUCCUCGUCGCUGAAGCUGAAAAGGACACCACCCUUGCGUCGAUCUUCUCCAACAGGAUUGACAUGCAGUCCACUUCCAUUCCUCACCAGCCGGCGGCAGUCAUCUCGGGCGACAAGACCACCGUCGACGCUCUCGUCCGCAUGCAGUCUGAGCAGCUUUCUGUACUUGCCGUGAUGGAGCCGCUGGGCGGUCUCAUCUCGCCCAUCUCUAGUCGAGACAUCUCUCGAGAAAUUCUAGCGUCCUCUUCCCGCAAGAUCCUCACCACUCCGCUCUCUUCCUUGGUCAAAGACAUCCGUUCGCGACACCCACAAGGCACGGACGGCAAGGAUGUGCACCCUGCCAUCUCCAUCAGCCAUUCUUCCACCACGGGCAGAGCCGCUGCGGUGCUGCUGGCGACCGGAGCCGGCGGUGUCUUUGUGGUGGACGAGCCUCGGUCCCUCAUGACCCCGCCGCUGUCAAGCGUCUCGGCUUCGCCUGGUAAAGAGUUCCCAGCUCUGUCUCUCGACCCGACCUCAACAGGCUCCACCGCGUCGCCUGCUCAGAAGCACAAACGCCGAGCUUCAACACAGUUUUGGACAGCGUCACGAGCCUCGUUUGGCGCUGCUGCAAGUGACGCUACAGCACGGCCAGCAAUGCCCAGCCUCGUGCUGGCAGGCAGCACGCCUGACGUGGCGCGCGAGCGCAAGGCUGCUCACCGGCGCGAGCAAUCGUUCUCGUCGACUGCUAGCUCCCCAGCACCCACUAUGACCGCCCAUCUCCGAACGCCGUCCGGGCAGAGGACGCAUCGGCCAAGAUCGUUGUCACUGGCGCAGUUCUCCAUGGAAGAGACUGCCAUGUCAAGGCAGCUUGGUGCGCAGGCGGCGUUUCGAAGUCAGGGGGCGUGGACUCCCUCCACUCUGACCCCAGGCUCCACCGCUUCCUCGGCUGGCUCGCCGUCCUCGCCCUUCGGCAGCAUGCUUGUCUCCGGCUUCUUCGGCGAGGCAAUGCAGCACAGCAUGCCCAGACAGGUCAUCACCAUGAAGACCCUCUUGCGGUCCAUCCUCGCAGCCACUACGGCCACUGUCGAGGAAGCGGUCGAAGCUUGA